GUACCAACAUUUAUACUUUAUUAGUCGAGUUAUUGACGAGUGACCAUCUUUACCAGUAUGUAAGUCGUGGCACCUGAUCUUGAUCCAUUGGCGGCCGAACUGGCAGGCAGCUUCUUACAUUUCUGGACUGAACGUAAAGAAAUAUCCAAAUAUUCGGCGAUCGUUCAUUCCGAUUUCUUUUCCUUGUCGCGGCCAAGGCUAACACGUGUAAUCCCAAGAUGUCGUCUAUCCGGACACUGGGGAUGGAUGCCCUGAAACAUAUUCACGCCUUGUCAACUCUGGAACAGAAUUUGUAUUUACCGGUGAACCUUCGACCGAUAGCUUGCGUGUACAUUAUGCACAUAAUGAAGGGCACUGGGGGAAUUGAGCCGAUAAACAAGCACAGCUAG